AUGGAUUCACUUCGCAGGAAAACUAUUCAAGUCAACCUUGUAAGGAUCCCUCCACAACUUAAGGAGCUAGCUUCAAGGAUUCCUGAAAACGCUCCAUUUACCGAGAGACAUGGUCGCCUACUCAACUUGGUCACCUCCAACACAGAUGAGGAUAUGAUGAAGGUGCUCUUUCAGUUCUUUGAUCCUCUACACCAUUGCUUCACAUUUCCCGACUAUCAAUUUGUACCAACUUUGGAAGAAUUCUCCCAACUCUUGAGAAUUCUCAUUCUCUUGGUCGGUUCCUGGUUUUCUGGCCGACUUGAGGUCGGACAGACUAAGAGGCGCUCGUCGAUCGUCGUAGGUCAGUGCUGGUCCAGGAGGGAAAAUGAUCAAUGA